AUGUUCGUGGAUCGAUCGGAAGCAUUGCUCGAGCUCAUAGAGUUUUUGGCCAGCGUGGCCAUCCCAGACUCCGUGACUGUGAUCAAGUGCUGGGCCUUUGCAAACUGCAGCUCAUUGAAGAGUGUGGCCAUCCCUGAGUCAGUGAGGGUGAUUGACUAUCAGGCCUUCCAAGGCCAGGGCCGGAAGCAAGAGCGGCUGCACCUGGCCGCGGCCGUCCUGGUGCAAGGAUUGGAUCGCGGGACUCUGCUGCGCCUGGUCUUGGGCACUUGGCACCACAAGGCGAUGCAUGCCUGGCAGGCGCGCACGAGCAAGAGCAGCGCGAGGGAAGGCAGUCGGAAGCUGGCCGCAGGUGGGGAGGUGGGGAACUCGUUCCGCGGGGCUGUCCGCUUCGAGCUGACGCUUAGGCACCCAGGAAAUCUCUGUCUCUCUGAGUACACCGACUGCAAACGUUUGAUGGGAAGACCCAUGGUGGCAAACGUUUGGACGACUUUGCGCUUCCCGGUCCCCCGAGGGCUUCUGAGCUUGCUGGACAACGACGACACCGUGCCCCUCUUGUUGCUGCGCAUGGCCUGGCAAGCGUCGCGGCCCGAGAGGGGUGGGGAGUUUUGGACGGGUGCCAAAGGCUUUUGGGGCUCUUCCUGCUACUUCUCCCACGAGUGGCGACGCGAGCAGAACGAUUGGUGCGAAGAGCUGGAGGAGGUGGAAGUGGAGGAAGAGAAUGACGGAAAGCUCGCCGCCGUGGUCUUCCACCUGCAGGCCGAGGGCGUCUUGGAGGUGAUGCCCAAGCCAAGCUGGGCCUCAUGGGCUGAGGGCUCCACCGGCCCCAUGCGCGUGCGCGUGGUCGGGAACUUGGAGGAGUUGGGCCAAGAGGAGUCCGGGAACUGGGAUCCCAACCUGGGCGUCGACCUGAUUUGGGAGGGCGACGGCUGGAAGAGCUUCUUAGUGCCAGCGCCGCCCUGCAAGGAGUUGCGCUUUUGCUUGGUUCGGGUGGACCAGUCAGAGAGCCACCCUGGGCUAUUGCAGGGCUGGCGCCGCUGGGAGAUGCACGAAGCCAGGCAAUUCACCUGGAGCGCGGAGCAUGUGGUCUACGCUCCCGCGCGCGGGGUCUUGGAGAUCUUCCUCACCGCCCAGCACUGCCGUCCCUCGGCCUCGAGUUCGCGUCCGGGGAGUUCGGUGCCGACGGCCUGGCGCUGGCGAGAGGACCUCGUCCUGGGCCCCGCGGCGAGCGGAGCGCGGCUCGCGCAGCUCGCGCACGCGCCGGGCACGCAGCGCUGCUUCACCUUCGACGGCCCCACGCCGCUGAACUGCUGCCUGUACCUGCCGCCCUCCUUCGACUUCUCGGAGCGCUGGCCGCUGGUACUCUUUCUGCACUCCAUGCAUGGCAGGCUGGAGGGAGACAACAAUCUCUUCUUCGAGUCCGACACUCCCGUAAGACUGCUGGACGAACCCGAGCUGUGCCCUGCAGCGCUCAAAGACAGGUGCGUACUGCUCACCCCUCAGUGCCCCAUCGACAAGGAGCGCGGGGACGGCGCGGGCAUCUGGCUCCGCAAGGGCUGGUACGAGGACUCCGUCCACGACGCCAAGGUGGAAGCCUCGCUGCUGGGUCUGGUGGACACCAUCCGUGACCGCUACAACUUGGACCCCAGCCGCCUGGGCCUCUGCGGCAGCUCUAUGGGCGCCUAUGGGGCGCUGGAGCUCGCGGCGCGGAACCCGCAGACCUUCUCCGCGGUGGCGCUAAUUGCGGCGCACUACGACCUGGACCCCGUGGAGCCUUUGGUCUCAAGGCUCACGGAGUCUCAGGCGGUGCCCUUUUGGUUCAUCCACGCGGAGAAUGACAACGUGUGCCCCUUCGAGGACAUGGAGCAGCUCGUGAAGCUCUUGAGGUCGCGGUCCAGUGCCGAGGUGCGGCUCACGAGCUUCGAGGACACCUGGAGCUCCCAGGGCCACUGCGCGGACUGCGUGGCCUUCUGGGCCCAGCCCGUGGCCGGGGCCCCGGGGCCCCGGGGCCCUCGAACGAUUCGAUUCGAAGCCCCGCGCGAGGCGAUGAGCCAGGCGACGCAGCAGGAUUCCUUGCAGCAAGCGGCGCAGGAGGAGAUGGGCCGACUGCACCGGCGUUUGCGGGGUGCGCAGCGCCGGCUCUUCAGCUGCUGGGGACUCGGCCUCUGCCGGGCCCUGGUGCCGCAUCUGCAGCUGGCCUUCGCCGCGUGGCGCGGCCGCGCGGUGCGCCAGCGGCGCUGCCAGCGCCAGCGGCGCCAGGAGGCAGCGACCGGUGUGCUGCAGUUGUUGGUGGGCCUGUGGCGGCGUCACAUGGAAGCGCAAAGGCUCAACGUGGUGGCCAUGGGUAAGGCUUGCCAGAAGAUGCUCUUCCACAUCCUUCAGGACCAGGCCAGCAAGCUGCACUUGCUCUUCGGCUCCUGGUGCUUGCUGCUCCAUUCCGCCCAGGCUUUGAAGGCGCGCCUUAGCCUGCGCCGUGCGCGCUGCGCUGCGCUGCAGCGGGUGGCCGGGACCCCAAGUUGCAGCUCAUUGGCAAGCAUUACCAUCCCGGACUCCGUGACUGUGAUAGGCUUCUAUGCCUUUCAAGGUUGCAGCUCAUUGGCGAGCGUUAUCAUUCCCGACUCUGUGACUGUGAUACGGGAAGGUGCCUUCGAAGGUUGCAGAUCAGUGGCAGGUUGCAGCUCAUUAGUAAGCUUUGUCAUCCCCGAGUCUGCUGAGGUUGGAUGUGAUGCCUUCAAAGGCUGCAGUGCUUUGCUAAGGUCGGCUAGGAACACUCUGGUCGAGGGAUUCGGAUCGGGUUCUGAGAGCUGCUGGGGCGGGGUGUCCGAUGUUGCAUCUCUUUAUGGCCUGGUUGAGGUUUUGCAGCUGGACGCCGCGCUGCUGCAGUGGACGACGACCGCGUGGCUCCGCGCCAUGAAGGCCUCAUCCCUGCGCAAACGCUUCGUGAAAGGCAGCCGCUCCUUCUGUGAGACCGUGGAUGGCUUGUGCCAGGCAGCACGGCUCCAGGCCAUUUUCACUGGGUGGGUGGACGUGCUCGUCAUCUCCCAGACGGCAGCCAUGCGCGCGGCACUGAGAUACGCGACAUCGUCCGAUUUCCACGGCCCGAUUUUCUGGGCCGUUACCAAGGCUUGGCAGCUCGGCCGCUGGGAUCGUGACGUGUUCCUCGCCCGGAAGCGAAUUGAGGAAUCGCUGGGAGUCGCCCAAUGCGAAGACGAAUGGCGGCGCGUCUGCGCGCCGGCGCGUCUGCGCGUGGUUGCCGGUCUCCAGGUGCAAGCUGUGGGCCGUCGCGGGCCUUUGCAGAAACUACGUCAAGGUCUCGGCAUCCGCGCCCCGAAGUCGGCGCAGCUGGGGCACUGGGGUGCUCAUGUCUCCAGGCGCCAGGCCUCGGACGAGCAGCAGCUGCAGACGGAGCUACGGGAGGAACCACCCAGGAACCACCCCCCAGCCUCGGCACUUUUUCGCGCCGCCUUUUGCAAGAUGGGCUUUCCCGCAGAUGCGGAUGUGCCUGCGGAUGCUGCGGACGCCACGAAGCUCCCUUGGGAUGGGCACCAGCGUUUCGCCAGCCCAAGGCCCUACUUCCAGCGCCUGCGCCGCGACGCGGCGCGCCUGGGCAUCCCCUGGAAGGAGAGAUUUUGUUUCGCAGCUGCAAAGCGCCCUGCACACGAGCCUGCAAUCGGCGCCCAGCUGCAGUUCUUGCCCACCUUCGCCCCCUGGACUGCUGCGAGUGGAGCUCACGGCCACAGGGGAGGUGACGACCAGUCUCCGCGCCAUGCAAACGCCGCCGCCAGAGCCCUGGCAGGCGAUCUCUCACCCCGCGCCCUGGUUUGGCAGCAGGCGCAGCGGGGCCAAGCACGGCGCCUGGGGCGCCUACCGCCACGCUAUGGCCGCGGCCAGGGAGCAAAACGCGGCUGUGGCGCUGCUCUUUCGGGAGAGCGGCGGCUUGGUGGACGGGGACCGCUGCACGCCCGUCCUGCGGCUCCACGGCUCCGAGGACGGCUCCUGGUGCCCUCCGAGUCGGCGGCGGUGCACUCGGUGACCUGCGCCUCGCUGGGCCUCGCGCUGCGGCACCGCGCGCUGAGCCGCGACCAGCUGCUGCAGGCCGAGGUGGUGGUUGUGGGCAGCGGAGUGGGCUGUCGAGCGCUGAGCAGCCUGGAUGGGCUGCAGCUGAAGCCAGCCGGCAGCUUGUGCCUUGGCGGGGCCAAUGGGAUCGCGCAGGAUCUGAGCGUUGGCCAGAAAGCCUUGGAAACGCCGGGCCGACAAACUCGGACGCCCUUCGUGUCCACAGUGGCUAACAUCGAACUCCCCGCAAAGAUGGCAGCGCAAGGCCUUCACGGGGCCAACAUUCGUGAGGCCGAGCGCCUUGCGCAGCUCUGGGAGCUGAUCCAGGCGUGGGCAGAUUCCUCGGGCUGGCUGGCGGAAGCCCGCGCCAAUCCUUGCUCCGUGGAGGAGUUGUGCCGGGAGGUCUCAGAGGUGUCUCCCGAGCCGUGCUACACGUGGAAGGUCCCCGCCAGCGACCAGCUCAUGCCGUUCCUGGCGGAGCAUCUUCGGCGCCAGGGGCUUUGGGGCGAGUCUGGGUGGGCGCCUGACCAGCUGCUUCUGCACUCCGGCGGCCCUGUGACGGACGUGGCGCAGAACUCGCUGCUGGCCGGGCCGGCCACCCUGCGGUUCCUGGCCAGACAGCCUCCCGAGCCCAAGGAGCCACAUGCCAAGAGAAGGCACGAGCCGGACGCGCCGCUGGAGGGCCAGCUGCGCUUGCUGCGGCCCGAGGAGCGGCUGCCCCUGCAAUGGCACGCCCAGCGCUGGCGUGGCACCUGGGAGGCCUUGCCAGAGAUGCCGCCGCAGCAGUGCUUGGGCGACGCCCUGCGCCAGGUGGCAGAGGAGGCCAAGUCCUGGGAGGCGGACUCCAUGGUGCAGGACUUGGAGGAUGGACAGCCAGUCCGUAGCUCGCUGGCGGGGCUGCUGGGCUAUGAUCUGGUGCAGUGGACUCAGCCCUUGGCGUUGGAUCACUUGCCGGAGGAGGGCGCGCUGCUGGGGGUGCUGUACCGAGUGGACCGCUGGCUCGUGCACCAGAGGUCCAAGCAGCAGCUUCUGUUGGUGGCGCCGCCGGGCGACGUUUGGGCCUGCCAAGCUGCCAGCUGCCUGCGGCACGCGCUCGAUCUCUUCGGCGCGGAAGUUUCUCCGCCGGCAGUGGGACAGCAGGUCGAGGCACUGCGAAGUGCACCGCCGCCACUUCAGCGGCUCCAGCUGCUGCUGCGUCAUCUCCGCCUGUCUCCCGAAGCGCUCCGGGAGGAGUCGUCCAAAGGCCCUGUCCGCGAGGUCUACAGCAGCAUCGACGACGCAGCGCACAUGAAGGCGGUGCACCAGGUCCAGGAGGCGAUCCGCGCCGGGCACUUCUACCAGCUGAACUUCGGCAGGGCCUGGCAAGGGGAGCUGCAGGAGACCCCCUGGGAGCUAAUGCAGAAGUUGUUCCGGCAAAACGCGGCUCCCUACGCGGGCUUUCUGCAAGCGGAGGAGAUGGCGCUCUGCUGCUGCUCCCCCGAGCUCUUGCUCGGCGUGGACGAAGGCCGCAUCUCCAGCUGCCCCAUCAAAGGCACCUGCGCGCGGUCGUUGGACAGCGCGGAGGACGCGGCGCUGCGGAGCGCCAUGGUGGCCUCGCCCAAGGAGGUGGCGGAGCAUAUCAUGCUGGUGGACUUGGAGCGGCACGACCUUGGACUUGCGAGCGUUCCUUCCUCCGUGGCGUGGGAGCGCUGGCGAGUGGAGAUACUUCCAAACAUCCAGCACUUGGUGAGCAAGGUGAGCGGACAGCUGCGCCCGAACAGCGAUGUUUGGGCAGCGCUGGAAUCGAUUUUCCCCGGAGGAUCCAUCACCGGCUGCCCAAAGACGGCGUGCAUCGCUGCCAUCGACGCCCUGGAGCAGCGGCCCAGGCGGAGUUGGACAGGCAGCCUUGGAUUCGCGGACCUCUUCACCGGCGAUGGCCAGUGGAACAUUUUGAUCCGCACCCUGGAAGCCCAGGCGACAAAGGACGCCUGGCACGGGGUGGUCAAGGCUGGCGGCGGCCUCACCAUAGGCUCGGAUCCCGCGGCCGAGGUGCAGGAGGCGAAGCUCAAGGCAUCGCGACUCCUGCAGGUGGCAUUUCAAGGCGGAGCCCAAAGCGAGGCGAACCAUGGCUCCGAGCAGAACGUCGGUCACUGCAGCAUCGACGCGCCCAACGCGCGUGUCGAGGCGCUGCUCCGCGCCUUUCAGGAGGCCCAGGCGCGGCGCGCGGCCCGCGCGGCCCGCGCGGCCGGGGCCGGCGAGCACGGCGGCUGGGCGCUGUGGCCGUCGCUGCCGGCGGCGAGGAAGCGAGUGUGCUCUUCGUGGACAACCUCGACUCCUUCAGCUUGA